AUGUUCGGGAUUGCUGCUGUUAUUAAUUCUUGUGUUCUUGCUGUCGUUGUUCUUGUUGUUGUUGAUGUUAUUGUUGUUAUUGCUAUUGUUAUUGUUGUUGUUGUUUUGUUGUUGCUGUUGCUGUUGUUGUUGUUGCUGUUGUUGUUGCUGUUGCUGCGUAUGGAGGUAACUGUAUGUGGAGGAACAGUGGAAGCAAUGAUGCGUCUGUUGGGUGGCAGCAGGAGGCAGGGCAAGGGAAGCGAACUUGACCGUGAUGGCAGCCUCGGAUGGUCACUGGUCACCGGAGGUACAUUGGAAUGA